AUGGGCGUCGGUGAACCGGGGCGUGCUGAUAUGCGACGAGUGCUGCAGCAUCCACCGCAGCCUCGGCCGGCACAUCACGCAGGUGAAGAGUCUCAAGAAGGGCUCGUGGUGCCCCGCCAUGCUCGCGAUGGUGCACACACUGGUGAAUAAUGGGGCAAACUCCGUCUGGGAGCACAACCUUCUGGACCCGGCACAGGGAAAGUCGGGCCGACGGAAACCGCUGCCGAAAGACCCGGUGCAUCCAACUAAAGCGGAUUUCAUACGAGCCAAAUAUCAAGUGUUAGCGUUUGUGCAUCGAUUGAAGGAUGACGAUUCAGGAGCGGCACUAGAUGACAUAAACCGGCAACUACACGCAAGCGUGAGGACAGAGAAGUUGGAGACAACGUUCCGUCUGUUAGCCCUUGGCGCCGACCCAAACUUCUGCCACUCGGAGAAGAGCAACACGACGCCGCUGCACAUCGCAGCGAAGGCCUGCCAGGCCGCCCAGGUGGAGCUACUGGUCGUGUACGGAGCCGACCCGGGCGCACUCGAUACCGCGGAGAAGACCCCUGUCGACUACGCAAAGGAGGGUGGUCACCCCGACCUCGCUGACCGACUGGUGGAGUUUCAGUAUGAGGUUACAGACCGGCUGACCCACUACCUGUGCGGCCGCAAGCCGGACCACCAGAGCGGACAGCACUUCCUGAUUCCGGAGAUGGCAGACUCGAGCCUGGAUCUGUCCGAGCUGGCCAAGGCAGCGAAGAAGAAGCUACAGAUGCUCAGCAAUGAGUUAUUCGAGGCGCUGGCGAUGGACGUGUUCGACGAGGUCGACCGCCGGGAGACGGACGCGCUCUGGCUGUCCGCUGCCGCCGCCGCGCAGCAGCAGCAGCAGCAGCAGUCACAGUCGUCUGGUUCGGCGGUCGUCAUCGUCGGCGAUCGGCAGUGCGCGCCGUUCCUGCCCGUCAACCCGGAGUACUCGGCGACUCGCAACCAGGGCCGGCAGAAGCUGGCGCGCUUCAACGCUCGCGAGUUCACGACGCUCAUCAUCGACAUCCUGAGCGACGCCAGGCGGCGCCAGCAGGCGGCGCUCGGCAUCGUGUCGCCACCGAGGGAGAAAGCGCCCGAGCUACCCGAGAAACCAAAGAACGAGUCGACGCCACGAGGGGGCGCCACCGCGGACAACAAGCGCGUGAGCAGCCUGAUCAGUGACGACGAGCCGCUGUAUGACAGCGUUGCGAGCGAUGAGGACAGCUUCCUCGAUCUACAGGCACUGCUGGCUGAGCAGACCGCCAACCAGGCGAAGUCUGAGGGACCGGCCGCUGCUCCUGAUGCCAAAACUACAGUACCUGCUGCUGCAGCUGGUGCUGCUGCUACUACUACGGUUGAGGGUGCGUUGGUGUCGGGGCAGCCCAGUAAGGAGCCGUGCGUAACGCUGGAGGAAUUCUUGGAGCUGAAGAAAGCGCUGGCGUCGUCCGACGAGAAAGUGAAGCAGCUAGAGCUGUCGAACACCGACAUGAAACAAGAGGUGGCGCUACUUCAGAACAUGGUGCAGAGCCUCAUGCGAGAAAACUCGCGGCUGCGCACGCAGGAGCAGCACCACCAGAUGGAGCUGGCAUCGCUGCAGAACGGCGGCGAGAUGCCGGCGCCACCUGGCGAGGCGUCGGCACCCCUGCCCGCGCUCCCGCCCGCCGGCAGCAAGUCACCUCGCAGCGCAAUGCGGCCGGUGUCCAUGUUCGAACCAAGAGAACAACGCCUUCACCCGAAAGCCAGCAAGGAGGCUGAUGCGAAGAAAGGGGCGGAGUACCACGGCAGCGUAAGGCAUCGAAGUCCCAGGGCGGAGAGUCGGCUGCAGCACGGCGGGCGAGCGAGCACCGUGUCGCUGCGUGAGGGCAGCCCCGGCCCGCCGACGCAGCUUCCGACGCAGGAGCACGUGGUGCGCAAGACCGAAGCCAUCACGAAGAAGAUCCAGGAGCUAUUGGUGUAUGCGCAGGAGGAGAAACAUGCCAAUUUCGUUCCUUGUUCUGAAAAGAUCAUCCAUGCAGUAGAAAACAUGGCGGCCAUCUUCCCCUCUAGCAUGGAGGACGAGGCGGUGCGAGGCGCCCUGAGGCAGCUCCGUGCUAGCGCGCACAACCUGCACACAGAGUGCCGCCGCGUGACGGAGAUGGUGGCGCCCCCUCGCGACCCUCAGCAGGUGACGCAGCGCAUCAUCCAGUGCGCGUACGACAUCGCCAAGGCCGCCAAGGCUCUCGUCACGCUGUUCCCUUGAACGCGCGCGGAGGGCGUCGUUUCACGAAGGACCGGAACGCCGCGUUCGCAGGGCGUCGUUCCGCGAAUAGUCGGAACUACGCGUGCAUGGUGUGUCGUUCCGCGAAUAGUCGGAACAACGCGCGCAUAGGACGUCGUUCCGCAAAGGGGCAGAGCGCAGGAGUUGCGGGCGUCGGGAGAUGGUCGUUGUGCUCUGCUGCUGGGAGAAAAGUGUCGGAUGCGUCGCUGUUCAGCGAACGCCCGAACCUCGGGGAUCGCAAUUGCAGAUUUCGUUCUAUGAGCUCGUUGGGAGCUACGAAUGUUGGAACCACAAGCGUUGUUCCAUAAACGCUGGAACCGUAAAUAUCGGAACUGCGUGCGCUGUUCGGAGCCGCCUACCGUUCUAUGCUGCCCUGGUUCGCACGUUUUAUGUAUCGUCGUUCCGUGAACGUCGGAACACCCGAUUGUUACCUUCAGUCGUUUUGCCGCAGGGAUGUACAUCGUGUUAUUAUCGUACAUUUCAUGUUCUGCCAUCCCAGCUCGUACGCAGCGCUAUAUCGUGUGGCUAGUGUUGCGCCGGUGUGCUAGAGAGGUGGUGGAGGGUAAUGCUUAGCUAUUCGCUGACAAUCAUAAAUACCGGCAGAGAACGCGUGUCUCUGAUACAUUGCACUCGCUCAUCGUCCCAGCAUAAUACGUCUGUUCGCCUCGCAAAGAAAAGCUUCCGAUGGAACUGUGGUGACGGGAGGACAUGUUGUGCUCGUUCUCUUGUUACCGAGCCGUGCGUCUCUGCAUGCGCGUGGUUGUUAAUCGCGGGUUUAAUCAGAGAGUCAAUUUCGACAGCAUUUUGUUCUGUUGUGAGGUUGUUUUGUGUUCAGCUUUCGAUUGAUAAUCACGGAUUUAAUCGGGAGUUAAUUUCGACAGCGCUUUGUUCUGUUACAAGAUUAUUUGCAUCUGGAAUUCGAUUGUUUAGUGUGUAUAAUUAUGACUUGAUUUCGACAGCCUUGUGUUCUGUUGUGUGGUUGUUUGUAUCCGGUUGUGACACACUGCAGGCGUAGCGAGUUAAGUAACGUGAUUCGCGGCGAGGCGGCCAUGUUGUUUGUCGGCUGUCGAAAUUGAAGGGUGGAACGAUUGUCUAACUGGCGUUAUAGGCAGAUUCAUAGGCAGUCUUCCAGUGACGUUUGACCCUAGUUCUCGUCGCAAUUCUGAGUUGUGAAAAUAAAUUUUAAACACGUAA